AUGAAAUUGGAAAACCAGACCAGAGUUCAGGAGUUUCUUCUUCUGGGCUUUCCCACUUUCAUGGAAUUUCAGAUGCUACUGUUUAUAAUAUUCCUUAUUGUCUAUAUCCUUACUCUGUUGGAGAACAUUGUCAUUAUUAUGCUGAUAAGGAUUAACAAACAGCUUCAUAAACCAAUGUACUUUUUCCUCAGUCACCUAUCUUUCCUGGAAACUUGGUACAUUUCUGUGACAGUUCCUAAACUCCUGGUUAAUUUUGUCGCAAAGAACAAAAGCAUUUCUUAUGAAGGAUGCAUGGCUCAGCUAUACUUUUUCAUAUCUCUAGUCUGCACUGAGUGUGUUCUCUUGGCUGUCAUGGCUUAUGAUCGCUAUGUUGCUAUCUGCAACCCUCUGCGUUAUCCAGUUAUUAUGACUGCUCAGUUUUGUUUGCACUUAGCUGUUGAGUCCUGGCUUACUGGCUUCCUCAUUUCAAUGUUAAAGGUCCUCUUCAUAUCCCGCUUGAGCUUUUGUGGAUCCAACAUCAUCAACCAUUUCUUCUGUGAUAUCUCACCUUUGCUCAACCUCUCCUGCACAGACCGCACAGUAGCUGAGGUGGUGGACUUCGUUUUUGUCCUCAUUAUCCUCAUAAUUCCACUGUCUAUCAACAUUGGGUCAUAUGUGUGCAUAAUAGGGACCAUUUUACAUAUUCCCACAACCCAAGGGAAAAAGAAAGCUUUUUCCACUUGUGCUUCACACCUCACUGUGGUUACGAUCUUCUUCUCAGCUACCCUCUUCAUAUUUGCA